CCCAGUGAAAAAUCUUUGUGGGGGGGGGCAGUUCUCCGGGGGGCACUUCUCCUAGAGCCGUUUAUUCUGUUUCAGGUGAAGAACAUGUCUGGUGCAGCAGCGAUGUUCGUGUUCUUAUUGCCGGGGAUUCCAAUGUCCAUCGUUUGAAGUCUGCAUGUCCUCCAAAUGCAAGGAUUGACUUUCUGCCCGUAUCUGGUGCAAAGUAUGUGUCUGACCGGAAGGGCUUUAGAAAGCUGCUGCAUCAAGAGCUGAUGUCAGGUUGUUACGACAUAUUGUACCUGCAUCUUGGCUCUAACGAUGUUUGCUGCAAGGAUAGCAAUUUCUACCGUUGUGUGACUGAGAUCCUUGAUGUUGUAUUCAGUGUGUGCACUGAAAUACACGUGGUGCUUUGCGUGAUUCUUCCACGUGAUUUUGAUGUGAGAAUGUUUCCCCGAUGGCCACUCUCAGGGGCACAGUUGAGGAACUACUGCCAGUGGAUAAGGAGCGCAAACAGCAUGCUGUGGGAACUGAGUCACCAUGUGCCUUCUGUGAGAUACAUGGACUAUGCAGCAACUAAACAGAAGUCCCUGUACUUGUCCCAUGAUGGACUACAUCUGAGUGCUGAAGGGGCUAGGAGGUGUUUAGCAUCCAUACAUGACGACCUGCCAAACCAGCUGUGUGUGGAGGCUGCUGUUCAAGAUCCUACAGAAUGGCCAGCUCUCUCAGCCACGGAAGUACCGGUUCAGGAGCAUGACAGCACCAUAGCACUCUUUUCGGAUAUUGUGCAGACUGGAGCUCAACCAGAGAUUCAAGACAAGGUGGAUGCAAGUGAAGUACCAGUUCCCAGGGACAUUAAGCCUCAGACACAUAAAAUAACGGUUGUCACAGCCAGAGCUAAGAGGUCUGCAACCAGAAAUGUCAAAAGAUAUGGAAAGAAGUUGGCAAAGAAAUGCCACACAAGGUCAUGCUGCAGUGAAUUUGUUUACCUUGACAUUACUGAAGAUGUGGCUGUUUUCCUGCCUGCAUACAAGUUGAAUGGCUUAUGCUUGAAACGCAAGAAGAUGGAAGUCAAGACUGGUAAGGUUAAAAGGGAGAAACCUACCAUGACGAAAAAGAAGAACAAACAGGUCCCUUGCUACAAUUGCCCAAACUGCAGGGUGUGCUGUUCAUCUGAAGAUGCCCUGCUCGACCAUUUUAUAACGAAGCAUUCAUCAUGGAAAGUUGAUAGGCCUGACACACUUUUCAAUCAGGAAGAUGAAAUCAACGUGCCAUCCAACAUCCAUUGCCACCGAGACACUGAAGAGAUGCCCCAACAAGAUGACAACGCCGCAAAUGAAGAUAAAGUCAAUGUGCCAUCCCACUUCUUUUUCCAACGAGACACUGACGAGACGCCCCAACAAGAUGUAGACACUUCACAGCUUCUUCUUAUUCUUUCAAAUGACGUUGAACUUAACCCUGGACCGAUAUUCCAGACAAUACCGGUCCCUGUGGAAGCGGUUGGCUCAAACGAGAAGAUGACGAUAAUUACAGUGAAAAUGGACUGACCAUACACGAAAGACAAAGGACAUUAAAUAUUUACACAAAUUUUGCACCUGUAAAAUGUGACAUUCAUAUACGUGAAUGCUAUAAUUCAAUUAGUAAGCCAUGCAGAAUUCUUUGGGAUGAAGGGGACUUAGAUUGUUUACAUGUAUUAAGUAGGGAUACAGCAGCAGGAGAUGAAAUAGGGUGGGAAUUUGUAUCUAUGGUUAUGAAUUCUAGUUGCACUUUUUCCUCUUACUGCCAGUUUAAAAAUGAGAUGUAUAAAACUCGCCACAAUAAGGCUAGGUUUAUGGAUCAAACAGUUUUUUUUAAUUUUUGGUUCAGUUGGGCUUCAAACAUGAAAAUAGAUUAUUCUAAAGUUGAAACUUCUGCUCGAGGAACAUCAACAUUAUUUCUUUGGUUCUGUGCAGACCAUGGACAUUGCUAUGGUUUCCACAUGACUGGGGCAGAAGGAAGAAAAGAUCCCGCAUUAUCACUCUAUAGCUAUUUAGAAACCCCUCCACAAGACGUGUU